CUAGCGUAGAACUACACUAGUAGCCGAGAGGAUAGCUUAAUUGUAUCAUCUUUAUAUAUUAAGCUUAAGCUUAGGACGUGGGCGGUAUCAAAACAUUGAGUACGUUUCGUAUGUUGACGUGCUAUUUACUGUUUAAUAAUAUUGACUUAAAAUUCAAGUCAUAUGGAUUGUUAUUAUUAAAUAUUGAUGUUAAGUGAAAGGCAGUAGUGAAUUAAAAAGAUACAAUAAGUAUUUCCUAUUUAUUGACUGAAGUGUUAUUUAUUAAUUGUCGGAAAAUGACAGCAUCCACGAUGAUUGAACUGGAAUCCUGGAUAAUCUACCAGUGUGUUCUGAAUGAGUGCCAUGUUUCCAGCACAUGUAUCAGGACUGUUUUUUGCCACGAGUUUUUUUUAAGUUUUCUUCAUGGUAGCCACUUCGAUGGAGGGUGGCGCGUGGUGCGCCCGCGACAUCUCUCUGCGCGCGCAGAAGAAGUUCCUCUCGCGUGUGGGGGGCGCUGCGAGUGCGCGCUCGUUGGUUCUUGACGAACACGCUGCAAAACUACUAGAUCAGUUCUUAAGCGUAUUACGCGAGCGCGUGGAGAAGCGAGAGGCUGAGAAGCUGGUCAAGCACGUGAUCAAAGCUGCUGUGAAGCUGGGUGUGUUGCGGCGGCACGGGCAGCUGUCAGCUGCGGACGAGAGAGCCUUGGCUGCAUUCCGCUCGAAGUUUCACACCGUAUUGAUGGCGGUGGUAUCAUUCUGUGAGGUGGACUUCUCAUACGAUCGAGGAUUUCUUCAGGAUGCUCUUCGGGAAUCACAUCAAUCACUUAAGGCCGUGGUCGAGCGCCACUUAUCCGAUAAGUCAGUCUCACGACUGGCCGGAGUAUUCGCACUUGCCUCUAGGGGGGAGCUCCUCGAUUCAUUAUUCGCCGGACAGAUAGACGAUGACGUCAUCAAACUAACCAGGAUGCUUCGGAAAGAACUAGACAGGGGGCUGCUAUAAUCCAGCAAUGUGGGAACAAAUGUGCCGUCCUACUCCAAAGCUCUGCUCACAGACCAUCUUCUAAAGUCUCCUAAGAUUAACAAUCUUGGAACGCUUCGACAAUGGGAUCACAUAAUCGUUAUCUCCAUAAAUGGGGAAUUGACUCAUAAGUAAAAGUUUUAAAUAUUGUUGCACUUAGAUUUAUUUUCAGUUUGAUGUCGCACAUUGUAGAUUUCAAUCAGCCGUAGUUGGAUAUCCAAUGGGUAAAACAGUAUUUGCUUAGCGCAAAUCAACUAUUAUUGAUGCGAGAAAUUUAGCUUGAAAGCGAUUAAAAUAUUGGACUGUGGAGAGUGCAGUGUUGGUAGCGGCUUGUGUCCUGGAUCAUCACUAACAAAACUCGCUGAUAUUCCGAGAGCUCUCUAGAAUUUUCGUAGCAUGGUAUUGAUCAACAAAAGUUUUCACAAACAAGACUGUUUUGAAUACUCAACAAAGACCGUAUAUUUAUUAAUUCACAGGAUCCGUUAACGCACACUGUACUGGCUUCAAUUUCAGUGAUUUGAAACGUUUCA